GAAAACCGCCUGUGACUGGGGACAGAGACACCUGAGGCUCAGGCCCAGCCCCACUUGCUCGGGGCCACAGUGCCCUUGAGCUGGCAUUGCCCCACCCAGGCAGCGGGAGUGUCCUCACCCAAUGGGAUGGGGUGACACGGGAAGGGGAGGGAUGGGGGAGGAGACGGCAGCAUGGCUUCUCCCGCCCCUAGGAGUACAGGGAGUGCCUGGCUUCCCAGAUGGGAGGCUCAAUACCCCAGCUCUCAGUAGGCUGGUGGGGGGUGGGUCAUGCCAGGACUUGGCAUUGACUACAAAGUGUGGGGGGCACCCCUCCAGCACUCUCGCCGCCGGCUGGCAGGGGGGAGGGGCUGUGACGUUCAGUGGCCUCAUGCAGCGGAGAGGAAGUAACUAAUUGCUGACCUGAUGACUGGCGGCCUGAGGAGUGGGGUGAUGAUGCCACUCACGGAAGCAGGCGCCCUGGCCCCAGGAGGGGGCCCCGCAGGGACAGAGUAUCCACCUGCGCGCCGGGAGCCCGCCACAUGGCUGGCUGCAGGGGACCCAUCUCGAAGCCCGGGAGGAAGGCGCCUGCGCCUCCUGUGGCAGGAGUCCAUCUUCGGCGGCUUCUGCCGCCCCCUACGUCCCCACCCGGGCUUUCGAGAGUCUGACUCAGCCGAGUCCGCAACGCUUCACCUUCUAUAAUACACCCGGAGCGUGCGGAGAAAUUACAGGAUUGCAGGGGCACGGCUAAUGCGCUCUAAUUACCCACCGCCGCUCUCAUCUGCGGCGCUCGGCAGUUCUGGGCCAACGCCGUAAUUAGGUUGCCCCUCCCGGGUCCCGGAACCCGUCCCGGGUCUCUGGUCCCCAGGAGCGCACGCGUCGGCUCCGCCCAGCGCCGGCUCUUGCCGCCCUCCAGGGCUGCCCCUUGGUCCCAGGAAAGAGCAAUGAGACAACACUUUGGGUAGGGAGAAGGGAGAUGCUGGCCUUGGAGACCUAUAAGCCUACAGUCUUUGAGAUCUCUUCUGGAAAGGACUGGGAGAGUAGGGAGGGAGCAGGACCCUUCCACUGACAUGGACACUGAGGCCUAUUGGAAAGUUAACUGUCCAGGGGAGGGGUGAAUAGGGCACCAGGGCAACAGUAUCCCAUUUUGCACAUGAAGUUCAGAAAAGUAAAGACUCUCAGGGAAAACCAUCCAGCCAGAACGUUCAAAUCAGCACAUUUAAGGAGCCUGACAGGCUCCUUCCCUUUACAGGGGAACUACCUUCCUGCAAAGAAAGGUGAUACCCUCAUCACAGACCUGGAGCCCUGGCAGCCGACCAGCUGUGGCUGUUGGUCACAAGGGAGCUGGAGAGGAGUGGCUCGAGUCUCCCAUCCCAGGAAGGGUAGGAGGAGGUGCUGAAGACACAGAAGCCAAGCCUGGUGGCCAGAACUUGAGGGGAGCAACUUGGCUGUCAGUUUCUUUAUCCAAACCAGGCUCAAACGUCUCCUCUAUCAGUAAUUCUUUCCUGAUAUCCAAGGGAUUACAAACUCAUGGCCUUGGGCCAAGUUUAAUCUUUAGUGAGGUUUUGUUUGGCCUUCAGUGAGUAUGUGGUUUUUAUAUUGAAUGUGAGAGCCUACAGAUAAUGCGGGCUGCCCUCCCCAUUGGCAAAGGCCAUUGUGGCCAGACUAGGUCCCCAAAGACAUCUGAGUUUGAGACUUCAAUUUAGACUAGCCCAUCUGGCCUGGCCCUUUACGCUUUUCCUCAUUUUCUAGGCUCUUAGUCUGCACUAUUAUGCCUUUAUAGUUUUUGCACGUUUCUCAGUCGGCGUGCCAAGGUGAGCGUCCCUCCGAGCUUUUCUUUGUGUUUCCCACAUGUGGUGGCAGUGGGGCUGUAUAUGCUUCUGGAAACCCCUCUGAUACCCCCUUUUUUCAUCUUGAGUAUCAGUCCAUGCCUUGAGCAGGCACCAUAUCUUUUCCAGCAGGGAUGACAGGUAUUUUUCUGCCAUGAGACUAGAGGUUCCUUGGGGGCAGGAUAUUGGAUCUCUCCUUUAAAACUGGGAUCUCAUUGAGGGACAAGGAUGUGGGGUGUAGCAGUAGUAUCCUCCAUCGCAGGGAGCUCCCUGAGGCCGGGGCUGUGUCUCCCCUCAGACCGGGGUUCCCUGAGGCCAGGGCUGUGUCUCCCCUCAGACCGGGGCUCCCUGAGGCCAGGGCUGUGUCUCCCCUCAGACUGGGGAUCCCUUGAGAGGAGGGCGGUGUCACUUCUCAAACUGGGGCUCCUUUAAGGCAUUGGAUUCUCCCCUCAUAUGGGGCCUUUGCAUCCCACUCCACCCCUCUGGCUCUAGGCUGUGCCCAGG